CACUGAUAGGUGACACUGAUGAUGGGUACUGAUAGACGGCACUGACUGGCAUCACUGCUGGGCACUGACUGGCGGCACUGACUGGCACAACCGCUGGGCACUGACUGGUGGCACUGACUGGCAGCACUGCUGGGCUGCACUGGUGGGUGGCACUGGUGGGCAGCACUGAUGGGUGGGCACAGGUGGGUGGCACUGGUGGGCACAGGUGGGUGGCACUGGUGGGCACAGGUGGGUGGGCACAGGUGGGUGGCACUGCCUGGCACAGGUAGGUGGCACUUCUGGGCACAGGUGUGUGACACUGCAGAGUGGCACAGGUGGGUGCACUGCUGGGCACAGGUGGGUGCACUGCUGGGCACAGGUGGGUGAUCUGCUGGGCACAGGUGGGCGGAGCUAGUGGGCGCACUGCUGGGCACAGGUGGGCGGAACUUGUGGGUGGCACUGCUGGGCACCGAUCAUCAGGGCACUCGUGUCAUUGGACACCGCUGAUCAC